GGCGACCCAUUGGUUCUCCACUACCACCCUUCUCCCGGGUAGGGAGACUGGUCGCGGAGCCGAAAGCGAAGUAGCCUUUGGGUUCGAGACAGCGGCGGCGUUUAAAGCAGAACGACCUGUUGCUAGUGGAGCUGGCCAGCUUCUCCAUUCAGGCUCCAGCCCGAGUUGGAGAAAAACCCCGGAAUUCCGGUGGCCCAUGGGAGGGCGCAGUCUCGGAUCGAGAACUAUCCGGCACAGACCGAAAUAGCCGAGCCUGUGAGGGCCACCGGAAACCCCGCCUCUAGGAGGAGUCGGGAAGCCUUGCCAGAGGUAGGAACCCAAAGGGACGGCUCCUAGGGUGGGUCCCGCCGGCCAUGGCCACGCCCCCGGGGGCCGGUCCCGCCGCUCUUCGCUUCGCAGCCGCUGCCUGCUGGCAAGUCGUGCGCGGACGCUGCGUGGAGCAUUUUCCGCGAGUAUUGGAGUUUCUGCGAUCCCUGCGCGCUGCUGCCCCCGGCUUGGUUCGCUACCGGCACCAUGAACGCCUGUGUAUGGGCCUAAAGGCCAAGCUGGUGGUGGAGAUGAUCCUGCAGGGCCGACCUUGGGCCCAGGUUCUGAAUGCCCUGCAUCGCCACUUCCCAGAGUCUGGACCUGCAGUGCGGGACCCCAAAGCCACAAAGCAGGAUCUGAGAAAGAUCUCAGAGGCUCGGGAAACCUUUUGCCAGCAGGUGAAGCAGCUGGCAGAAGCCCCUGUUGAUUUGGCUUCGAAGCUACAGGAACUUGAACAAGAGUAUGGGGAACUUUUUCUGGCUGCCAUGGAAAAGCUGUUUUUUGAAUACCUGUGUCAGCUGGAAAAAGCACUGCCUACACUGCAGGCACAGCAGCUUCAGGAUGUGCUGAGUUGGAUGCAGCCUGGAGUUUCUAUCACUUCUUCUUUUGUCUUGAGCCAAUAUGGUGUGGACAUGGGGUGGCCACUUCCAGAGUGCUUUGCUACUGAUUCAAUGAGCAUGACAGAGCCUAUGGAGCAGAGUCCUCCCCAGCAACCAAGACCAGCACUCCACGACCCUCUGCCAAAAGCCCGGCCUGGCCCACACCUUCCUCAGGGUCCAGCCUCAAGGAAGCACCCGGAACCUUUGACUGGCCACCACUUCAAUCUGGCCCCUCUAGGCCGGCGAAGAAUCCAGUCCCGGUGGGCAUCCACUAGCAAAGGCCAUAAGGAGCGCCCCACAGUCAUGCUGUUCCCCUUUAGGAAUCUGGGUUCACCAACGCAGGUCAUAUCUAAGCCUGGGAACAGGGAAGAACAUGGGACACACACAUUAGAUCCAGCAGGUGCUGUGGGCACCAGAGCAGCCUCGACUGGCAAGUCUAGGAGUCCGUCCAAGACCCUGGGAGGAAGGGCUCUGAAGGAGAACCCAAUUGACUUGUCUGCCUCAGAGCAAAAGGAGAACUGCUUGGAUUGCCCCAUGGAACCCCUGAGAUUGUCAUUAUCGCCUCCUAGGGCCAGGAAGUCAGUGCGUCCUCCAUCUCUGUGCAGCUCUGACAUUACUAUAGGGGACCUGGUUUUGGACUCCGACGAGGAAGAAAAUGGCCAGAGGGAAGGAAGGGACUCUCUGGAAAACUAUCAGAAGACAAAGUUUGACACCCUGAUCCCCACCUUCUGUGAAUACCUCCCCCCUUCUGGCCCCAGUGGUGUGUCUGUCCCUGUUCCUAACCAUACAGACAGUUCUACACUGCUGUGAUUAGACUGGAAUGCCCACGGCACUCUGCCUGUCUCCUUCCUCCUCAGCUCUCAUGCAGUUUAGGGGGAAUAAAGUGGAAGUCCAGGCUUGGGUUGCCUGA